AUGGAUCACGCUACUCUGGGAAGCCCAGUCCCCAAGCGGCGCAGUCUGGGUGUCGGGGCUAACCUUCUCGAUGAUCCUCCAGCGACAUCGCACCCGUUCGACGCCAAUGACGAUGCGCCCAGAGGAUACGAACUGCGGUCGUCCACUCGCCGUACCACUCCGCCUCAGGAUUCUGUGGCCGAGCCUGACAUCACGAGCCUACCCAAACGAACGACCUCUCUCCGCAAGAGUACUUUACAGCAACGCCAUGACGAUCAACGCAUUUCUCUGGGUCGGCGUGUUGGAGAGAAGCAGCUAAGCCAGGCACCAAAAGUCGUUGCUCCUGCUAGUGGCACAACUCGGACUAGGCCAAGGCUGUCACUCGAUCAGUAUCUCCCGCCUGAUGACCGUGGCAGCCCCUUUACUCAGGCUCCUUUGCCCAGCGCUUCGGUACAUCCGCUUCCCCGACCGCCAGCCCAGCGUCACCCCUUGUCUCGGACCAUCACACAAUCUUCGUCCGGCUCUAGCCUCCCCGAUGAGUCGCCCACUCAUCCUCCUGUGACCCUAGGUGAAAAGCCUAGGGUGCCUCUGAACUUCUCCAAGUCGCUGCCGUUGGGAGCUCGUCCCCUAGGCGCAAAGAUCCCGCCGCCUGUGGCUACACCGAAAUACAAGCGAGCCAAGCCGUUACAGGCCGCCUUCAUGUCAACGGGGCUGGUGUCCAAGAUGAACCGAAACCCGGAGGCUGGCCCGCCCAAGCGUCCUGGAGACAACUCCGGGAUUAUGCCUGACACUCCUUGCAAGAAGCAACCUUACGACUCUUCAACGUUUCCCCCAAAGCCGCUGGGAAGUGCCAGACGCCAGUCUAGAUUGUCUUUUGGCACAGCAAAUACCCCACUUCCUGAUGCUUCGAGCACGCCGCGCGGCAGUCCAUUCGCCCCCAGGAGCGCAAGUCUGUUAAGUUUUGAGGGCGAGGAUGCAGGAGGUUCUCCUGAAUCCGAUGAUUUUCCCCCGCCAACACCGACUAAGAGUCUUUUCAAGUCACAGUCAACGCCAGCACACCCACAACAGGCACAGAUGACCCCAACUGCCAGACGGUUUACACAUUCUACGUCUGCUUUUGGCAUUGGCCAGGAGCAGAGCACACCAAGCUCAAGCUUCGGAUUUACAAGUCCACUAGGUCCUCACAGCAACGUGCAGACAGAUCGUCCCACCACGGCCGACGGUGAACCCCUUCCGGCCGGCAUCAAAGAUUCACCGCGGAUGAGCCAGUCUCUUCCCUCCUUUACCAUGCGCCGCGGACGUGGCAACUCCUUCACUACUCCUGCCCCCGUCAAGACCAACCCCACCAUUGUGGAAGCUUCAGAAAAGCAUACGCCUGAUUCAGCCAGCCCUUUGAAUCCAAGGAAUCCUAAGACACCUUCGGAAACUAUGGGUCCGCCCGACGGAAGUUAUCUUUCCAUCUCGAAUGCUCGCAAAGGCAAUAUCAAGUUUGCUCGGUCGCCGUCCACACCUACAACACUCGUCGGCCCAGGAUUUCCGUCAGCGACACCAGAAGGGCAGCCACCUGCCAAAGGGCAGAAUCGUCGACUUAGCUCUACGCCCCAAAACCUGAAUGCCCCCACUAAUGUCGAUGAAGCACUAUAUAGUCGCUUCGACAAGGCUGAGGUGAUCGGGGGUGGUGCCUUUUCCCAAGUGUAUCGCGUUGUCCAACGCUCCACAAUGGCUUCCUUUUCUUCGUCAUUUACAUCAACUCCUGGCAGACAUACGCCCGAGGUAGAGAAGGUAUAUGCCGUCAAGAAGAUUGCGUUCUCCGGCCAUAGUGAGAAGCAACGCGAAAGUAAGAUGCGCGAGGUCAACGUUUUGAAGGCCCUGAGCACUUCAGACAAGAUUGUGCACUAUGUCGAUAGUUGGGAACAAAAUGGAUGUUUGUACAUCCAGACUGAGUAUUGCCCCGAAGGCAGUCUUGACGCAUUUCUCAGAGAGGUUGGGCAGAACGGCAGGAUGGAUGAUUUCCGCAUCUGGAAGACAUUACUUGAACUAAGCCAGGGACUUUCCGCUAUUCACGGCGCUGGCUUCAUUCACCUGGAUCUAAAACCUGCAAACAUCUUCAUCGGACUCGACGGCUUUCUUAAGAUCGGAGACUUUGGAUUUGCAGUCCCAUGGCCGGCUCCUAGAGGCGUCGAGGGCGAAGGUGACCGAGAGUACAUUGGCCCUGAGAUUUUGUUAGGACAGUACGACAAGCCAGCCGACAUCUUUGCUCUCGGACUCAUCAUCUUGGAGAUUGCUUGCAAUGUCUAUCUUCCCGACAAUGGCCCCACCUGGCAGGCCCUUCGAAAUGGCGAUUUGACAGUUGUGCCUAGUCUUACGUCGAGUGAUGCCAGCGGCAUUAUCCGGGUUCCACAGGCUUUCAACGAUGAUGGCGAUAUGUCUGGCGUCACGUACGAUCCAAGCAACUUGUUUGGUGCGCAAAAGAGAAGUGAGCUCCAGGAACCCCCAAGGUUCAUGGCGGAGGCCAAUGAUCCGCAUUCACUAGACAGCGUUGUCCGGUGGAUGAUCCAGCCUGAGCCUGCGAAUCGACCCACAGCCGAUGACCUACUGAAGAUAGAGUCCGUUGACUGGGUUGCUUGCCGCAGGACCGCUGGAGCAACGGUGUACGAAGGCAACUGGGGCUUGGAGACGGCUUCGACCACGGAAGAGUUUGACACGACGAUGACCGACGUCUGA